AUGUCACCCCCAAACAGAGCAAGUACAGGGCAACCUCGUAGAGAUUGGCGUAGUGGAUAUAAACCAAUUGACGAACUUAUUCAAGAAAUUCGACUGGAAUUUCCAUAUCCUUCUCAUAAUUUAAAUUGGAUUCCAUACGAUGAAUUUGUGGGCUCCAGAUUAAUCACCCAAGGUGGAUUCUCUUCGAUAUUCGAAGCCAUGUGGAAUAAAUCCGGUCAAACCGUAGCGUUAAAGUGUUUGAAGGAUUCACAAGAUCUUAGUAGUGAUUAUUUAAAUGAGAUAAAGACGCAUUGGGGUUUAUUCUCGCAACCACAAUUUUUACGUUGUUAUGGUAUUACACAAUAUCCAAUCACUGGGGAAUUCAUGAUAGUGUUACAAUAUGCAUCAUUUGGAGAUUUGAGAUUACACCUUCAGCGUGGAUCAACGAUCUCGUUUAAUAAUGUGUCAAAUGAUCGAACGCACCCGGAUGCAAUUUAUUGCAGUAGGUUAUUAGAUUUCCCUGAAUUAAGAGAAGAACGCAGGCGUCAAAUUCUCGCACAUUCACAUACAUUAAGAUCUAGAACUUCUCAAAAAACAGACAAUACUUCAAAACAAUCUUUUAAUACAUCUAUUCCUCGACCUUCACAACGUAUAAAUAAUUAUUCAAAAACUCCGCAAGAAAGGUAUAAUAAUAAUUCUUCUCAAGAUUCCUAUAAUUAUUCAAAAUCAUCUCAAACAUCAUACUAUGGUCAUACGAAACCUUCCCAAAAUAUUUUAGAAAAUCAUAAUUAUUCUAAAUCACUACAACAUAGUCCUAUAAUUCCGACACAAACAACUCGUCCAGAACUUUUUGGUAAAUCUGAAUUAUCAAUAAAUCCUAAAGGUCCUGUAAGUGGAUUGAGUGUUUUCAUACCUGAUGAUGAUGUUGAAACCCUCACUUCAUUCUGGUCUAUGGAAGGACCUAAACCCAAUGACAAGAAUUCAGCUAAUAAUUUCAGAUUAUAA